AGACAAGGCUAUUCAAGAUAGAGGCGAAGAAGCCAAGUUUCUAUGGAGGCAGCUGGAGGGGGUAGGAGAGACUGGGGAACACACAAACACACUUGUAACACACAGAAGAAAGGGGAAAGAGAGUUGAUAAGGAACAGAGACCAGUAAACGAGAGAAUAAGGAGCGACGACAACAAGAGAGGACUUCUGAUAGGUGAAGGAACAAGGCUCUCGUGACAACAGAAAGAGAAUAGAAUAAGUAGAAUGGGAAGAGAAACAGACAGAAAGAUAAGAUUCUUUGUGUGUGAAAGUUAAAGUGACUUGGACCAGGGCCAAGCCUAUUCGUCACGAUGAAAGUGAUAUGCACAUCUAAACCGUGAUAAGAACAAGCAAAAAUAAUGGGAGCGGCCGCUGAGGUGAAAAAAAACUGUGGUAGGCACAAUAGCUAGCCUACAUAUUGACGGCCCAAGUGUUCACCUCGCCCACUGAUAACUGUCGUCAUCGCCGACGCAUACUUUUAAUACAAGGCAGAUUCGGGAGUUGAAGCCCUGCUGCGUUCAGAGGAGAGUCGAGCUGGGAAACUGCUUCCUUUGCCAAAUGCCACUUAACACCUAGAGAUAAACAUACUCUCAGUCUGAUCGAGCAGGUAAGAUGUUGCGAUUAUAAGGAUCGACGAUUCGGUUAAUUUAUAGAAUGUGUAGCUAAAUCGCCAAGAUUUUACACAGUUGUGCCACCGACUGCAAGCUAACCCGACUGCUCCUAGCCUUAUGAACACCCUGCAUAUAUCGUAGUUUUUAAAGUAUAACAGUAAACUAACAAGCAAUCAAGAUGCCUCGUGCAGAUUAUAAUGCUGGCAUGGCUGACAUCCACGUAGCAGUGCCACCCGUUCAGGUGGAGGAGCUACACCUCCGCCAGAGUCUCUCCGCCUCCACCUCCUUGUUUUCCUGCCCCUCCUCUCCCUCCUCCGCCUCCUGCGCCUCCUCCUCAUCCUCCACCUCCUCCUCUUCCUCAUGCUCGUCCUCCCCGGGAUGCUCCCCACACCACCACCACCACCACCACCCCCUGUCCUCCAGCCUGUCCAGCCUGGGUCCGAGCAGUGACUGUGGGAGCAGCUCAGAGGGGCUCUCCCUGGAGCCGGAGUCCGAGCGGGAGCCGGAGCCGGAGCCGGACCCCAUCAUCGACCCUACGGUGGCCCAGAGACUGUGCAGUGACUGUGGGAGCAGCUCAGAGGGGCUCUCCCUGGAGCCGGAGCGGGAGACGGAGACGGAGCGGGAGCCGGAGCCGGACCCCAUCAUCGACCCUACGGUGGCCCAGAAGGCGUGCCAGGAAGUGCUGCAGAAGCUGAGGACCAUGGGAGUGCUCAACCAGGGCGAAGGCGACAACCAGGACAGCCUCAAUCCCCCCCCUUCCCCCUGCGGCACAGGCAAUGGGCCGGUCCACCUGGAGGUGGUGGAGACGGGAGAGGAGGAGGACGCGGCGGUUCACCUGGAGGUGGCGGAGACGGGAGAGGAGGAGGACGCGGUGCCCGCAGAUCAGCUGGUGAUGGGAGAGUGGGAUGAGAAGGAAGAGGUGCCCGCAGAAGAGACGGGUGGUGAAUGCUCCGAUUCUCCAUCAGCAAUGAGUGAAAGUGAGGGUGCGUCAUCACCAUCGUCAUCAUCGCCCCCAUCGUCACCACUACCACCAGUGUCAUCAUCAUCAUCAUCAUCAUCAUCAUUGUCUACCUCCUCUUCCUCCUGCUCCACAUCCAAGCAGUCCUGGCUGCUGCGUCUCUUCGAGUGCAAACUCUUCGACGUCUCCAUGGCGAUCGCGUACCUCUACAAGUCCAAGGAGCCCGGCGUGCAGGCCUACAUCGGCAACCGCCUCUUCAGCUUCCCCGAGCCGGAGGUGGACUUCCACCUGCCGCAGCUGCUCAACAUCUACGUGCACAUGGACGAGGAGCUGGGCGAGGCCAUCCGGCCGUACCUGCUGCUGCGCUGCGCCCAGAGCGUGGCCUUCUCCAUGCAGUGCGCCUGGCUGCUGGGCGCCUACUCCGCCGACAUGCACAUCUCCACGCAGCGCCACUCGCGCGGCAACAAGCUGCGCAAGCACAUCAUCUCCAACCUGCUGCAGCCGCAGCCGCCGCCGCCGCAGGGGCGCCAGGGGGAAGUGGUGGCCGCCGCCGCUACCGCCGCCGCCUCGCCCCCCGGAAGCCCGUCGGACAGGUACCUGUCGCCGCUCAAGGCCCCCCGCCACCAGAGGUCGAAAUCGGACGUGGCCGGGGGCGUCAGAGGUGGAAUGAAGAGGGCCGGCAGCAACCCCAGAGUGGAGGGAGGCAUGGAGGAGCCGGUGCGUCUGACCCCUCAGAGGGAGUUCAUCAAGUCCCUGAUGGUGAUCGGGAAGCGUCUGGCCACGCUGCCCACCAAGGAGCAGAAGACGCAGCGGCUGAUCUCGGAGCUGUCGCUGCUCAACCUCAAGCUGCCCGCGCGCAUCUGGCUGCCCACCGCCGCCGUCCACCACCACGUGGUGCGCAUCCCACACACACAGGCCGUGGUGCUCAACUCCAAAGACAAGGCUCCGUAUCUCAUAAACGUGGAGGUGCUGGAGUGUGAGAGCUUUGAGACGUCCCCAGUCCCCGCUCGUAUCCCGGAGACGCGGGUCCGUGGCACCUGCUCCACGGAGAACCUCCCUGACUGUGGCGUGGCGGCCGAGGGGCGGCCGGGCGGAGGAGUGGUUACCACGGUGUCCAACUAUGACAACGAUGACGAGGCCUGGGCUGUGGAUGACAUAGGCCAACUACAGGUGGAGCUCCCAGAAGGCUACACGAGCAGCUGUGACAACUUAUCUCAGUUCUCAGUGGACAGCAUCACCAGCCAGGAGAGCAAGGAGCCUGUCUUCAUCGCUGCCGGCGACAUCCGGCGACGUCUGUCAGAGAACCUCGCACACACCCCCACAACGUUCCGGAGGGACCCAGAGGACCCGUCAGCAGUGGCACUGAAGGAACCCUGGGAGGAGAAAGUGAGGCGGAUCAGAGAGUGCUCUCCAUACGGUGGCCUGCCCAACUGGAGGCUGCUGUCCGUCAUUGUGAAGUGUGGGGAUGACCUGAGGCAGGAGCUACUGGCCUACCAGGUGCUCAGCCAACUGCAGAGCAUCUGGGAGCAGGAGCGCGUGCCCCUGUGGAUCAAGCCGUAUAAGAUCCUGGUGGUGUCGUGCGACAGCGGCAUGAUCGAGCCGGUGCUGAACGCCGUGUCGCUGCACCAGGUGCGCAAGCAGAGCCUGCUGAGCCUGAUGGACUACUUCCUGCAGGAGCACGGCGGCCCCACCAGCGAGGGCUACCUCACCGCCCAGAGGAACUUCGUCCACAGCUGCGCCGGAUACAGCCUCAUCUGCUACCUGCUCCAGGUCAAAGACAGACACAAUGGGAAUAUUCUCCUGGAUUCGGAGGGCCACAUCAUUCACAUUGACUUCGGCUUCAUUCUGUCCAGCUCGCCACGCAACCUGGGCUUCGAGACGUCCGCCUUCAAGCUCACCAGCGAGUUUGUGGACGUAAUGGGUGGACUAGGUGGGGACAUGUUCAACUACUACAAGAUGCUGAUGCUGCAGGGGCUGAUCGCCGCACGCAAACACAUGGAGAAGGUGGUGCAGAUCGUGGAGAUCAUGCAGACAGGCUCCCACCUGCAGUGUUUCCACGGCUCCAGCACGGUGCGUCAGCUGAAGGAGCGCUUCCACAUGAGCCUGACGGAGGAGCAGCUCCAGGUGCUGGUGGACCAGAUGGUGGACGCCUCCAUGCGCUCCAUCACCACCAAGCUCUACGACGGCUUCCAGUACUUCACCAACGGCAUCAUGUGAACACACACAAACACACACACACAUUCAUAUACACACACACACAUUCAUAUACACACACACACACACUCAUGAACUUACUCGUAUAUUCAGACACACCAGCAGGUCCGCACGCUCAUAAACAAAGCUGUGCUGUACAGCUGAUUGUAGCGGUUUGUGCAACAGCAUAACACACACACACACACACACGCAAGAAAGCAGGUCUGCACACUCAUAAAUAAAGUGCUGCACUGCACUGCUGGUCUACACAGUUUACCCAGCAGCUCCAUAUUAACACAAGCAUACAAACACACACACACACACACACACACACACACCUUUCAGUGCCUGUGGAGUAGGCAGCAGUCUGCCACCCUUAACCACAUCCAGCUGUAUGGGAAUGACUAGCCAACCUGAUGAUGAAACACACAUCCAGUCUCCAUGAAGUUUGUGUCUACUAAACGUCCAACAUUUACUCCCAUCAUCCAGUGUGACUGAGGGAGCUCCUGUCCGGAGGACACCCAGGCAGUCGUCAUCUCUGCUCACUGUUCAGUGUGAACACACACACACACACACACACACACACACAGGCCGUUUCACAUACACACACACAUAUACACGUUCACAGAGACACAAUACUGUUCUUUUGGACCAAGAGCAUCUAAGGCUCCUAACGUCAGUCCAGACUAUGCUGUAUAGAAAGACUUUCUCUCGUUCUUUGUCACUUUUCAAGUGACAGAAAAGACAUCACCGUCCCACACGCACAUACACACACACACACACACACACACACACACACACACACACACACACACACACACACAGAGGCAAGACUGUUCUUCUUUGACAAGAGCAGUUAAGGCAUUUCAGAGACGGCGUGAUUGCGAGAUGGUACGAUCCCUGUGACCGCGGGAUGGUACGAUCCCUGUGAGCCUCUCUUGAGUGACCAUCAUCCACCACACCACAGCUGGAUCUCUGACCGCGAGAGAAACUGAACAUAGGAUUCCUAUCAUCUCUGGCCUGGUAGUGCAAUCGCAUCGCCAACAGACUCAUCUGAACCAUUCUGUCCCGUGCUUGAGCCCUUUGCAGCAGAGCAUGCGUGUCGGAAUAAGGAACUGCACAUAACAAAAGACUGACUGACGUCACAGACUGACAUGUACUAUUGUAUGCUUUCAGCCUGUGCAUUGUGUACAUUUAGCAGAAUUCUGAUUGUAGCAGAAAGCCUUGCCUUACACUAAUGGUUUCUACAGUAAGAGAUUUUGCUCUACCUUCUUCUUUAUGCUAUGACCUGUCCUAGCCGGGACCAUUUUAUAACCAUGCUAUGUAGUGUUCCCAAUUGUAGAUUUUUUUUUUGUGUCCUGAAUCAUGUAUUGUAACUUACCUAAUAUUUAUUUUUGCCUUUUUUUUAAUUGGACAACCUGUGAGACAUCCACAGCAUGCGCCUGUGCUUGGUGAACCCAACAUUUCUCAUAGAUCCCAGCGACGCUUGGAGUACAGGGAGUAUGGCAGGGAGUGAGACCAGAAACACUAAAACUCUCCAGCUGUUCCUGCGGCUUGAGAAUAAACCUGCGGUUUAUAAUGAUUCAAUUCUAUUUUAUUUAUAUAGCGCCAAAACAAUAACAUUUUCUCAAGGCGCUUUACAGAGCCCAGGGCCUGCAACCCUCCCGUGCUGACUGAUCUGAUCCAGAUAGCAAGCUUGACCUUGAGGAGAACUGUACUCCCGUUUCAUGUAAAUAUCCGUUUGUAUAGUGUCUUAAGAAACUAGCAUUGUCUAAUGGCUGAAAACCCAGAGCCUAAACCUUUUAGAGCAACACUACCAAAACCUAUUUUGUUUGUUUGUUUUUGUUUUGUUUUGGGGGGGAUAGAGACUUGAGAGGGGGAGAACAAUAACCGAGGAGUGAAUAUGCAUACGGCGGUAUUAGCAUGUAGCAUAUUAGCAUGGUAUGUUCAACAGCAGUAUGUGUGCGUUUGUCAAAUGAAACAAGACUUGAAUUUUGAAUUGUGUUGACAGUUCCCCUUAAGGGGAAAAAAACAACACUUCAAAUGUGAACUGGAAGGUUAUUCUGUGGUCCAAGACCAGUUUAUCUGUGAGUGUGUACUUCACGUUGACUGUUUGUUUUGUGGAGAACGUACACACCUGUCUUUGUUUUGAACAGUGCAAGGUUUACACGUUAAUUACAAUUUUUUUCUCUUUUUAUAUCAUGUGAAGGCACUUUUUGGAUAACGCUGACCAUAUUUUGCCUUAUUUUCUCACAUACUGCAUGGAUAUGAGUUUUGUUUAACACUUUAAAACGUUAAGCUUGUUUCCCAGUAAGAUGACCUUAAAACAAAUGAAUACUUUCAUGUAUAAAGCUUAAACCUCUGUUAGCCAGCUGUUUGUGGCAAAAUAAAUAUUUCAAAACAUACAAAUACAUGAAAAAUGAAGACCAACACUAAAGUAUCUAGCAUGGCUUAUGCAUAACUAUUUAUACCUCUAUAAGCCAGUCCCUCCAGGAUUUUGCAAUCUUUGUUUUUCUCAAAUUCACGCAAAUUCAAGGAUUUCCCACAAUUGCCAUUUUCUCUCAUUAUCACAUUAGCGUGAUGUCUCUUACUACAUUAAGUCUAUGCCCAGUAAGAAUUAGUGUCGUCACUUGAAUGAGCUUUUUUUUUCAUUCCUAAUAAUUUAAACAUACCUCUAAUAUUUUGCUUUUUAUUAAACAUGUAUUCAUAAAAUAUUUCACACCAGUACUUUUUUUUUUUUUUUUUAAAUCAUAGCGGCUAAAUGGCAUUACAUUCCUCUUCUGCAGCCUUUAUCUUGAGGCGUCUUUAAGCUGACGUUCUUAGUCUACAAGUGUUUUAUCCCGUCUCUACCAUCAUUUCUUUUCUUAACUGCGUCAUGUGAGUCUCCGUAUGAAGGUUUACAAUCAUUUUACACAAUCAUCUGACUUACUGAAGGUAUUUUAAAAGACAUUAAAAGAAACUUCAAAUAAG